UGGGGGGAAUGUCAGGUGUCUAAGCGUUAAGGUAUUUGUGAACAGCAACCCCCCCCCCAUACCCAACACCAACGUGAUUAUUAUUAUUAUUAAUAAUAAUAAUGAUAUGUAGUGUCCCGGUCUCACGGUAUUGUUUUCUUGCUACGACAAAGUAUAAUUGAGAGCAGACUGUAGUAGCAGUUGAGUUUGAAAAUACAACUCGACGGAAAGGAGAUUUUACUGUGAAAAAAUGUGGCUUGGCUUUCUCCGUUCAGAUGACCAAUUACAAGAACCUCAGCUCCUCAAUGCUUAUGGAGAAAUGCCAGUCUCUGAUAUUGUCCACUUGAAAUAUCCGGUUUUUGCUGAAAAUGUCAUUUCCUGCCUUGAUAUGCGAUUCAUCCGGGGUUUACUUGAGACAUGGCUUGGUCCAUCUUUAAUCAUCAUAAAUCCUUACUCAAAUGCCAUAAAAUCUAGCUCGGAGCAAAAUCCGGAUGACAACAGCAGCUGUCGGCUCCUCAGACAUAAAGUAACAGAAGUUCUGCAAGAACUCUUUCAGACGAAACUCCCUCAAACUUUCAUUUUGCGAGGUGAGAGUGGCAGUGGAAAAAGCUACAAUGCCAAACAGAUCCUGUACAGUUUAUUCUCCCAAACUAACCAGGGCUUGUCCCGUUCCAGUUGUUUUACCAAAGUUACAGCAGCACUGACCGUUCUGUGUUCUUUUACCAAUGUCUCCACCAAAUAUAACUCUGAUAGCAGUCGUGUGGGAAUAUUUAUACAGAACUAUGUCUGUGAUUAUUCAGUAUACAAGACCAAGAUCAAUUGUCUCUAUAUUGAUCAUGCUCGUCUAACAUGUGUUGAAGAAGGCUUUAAUAAUUACCACAUUUUCUUUGAGAUGUUGGCAGGCCUUACUGCUGAAGAGAAAAGGAAUUUAUACCUGGAUAAUUAUCAGACAUUCAAAGAAUUCAAUUACCUUUCCACAAGUGAUCCUCCAGCUGAUUUUGACACAUUGAAAAGACAAUUUCAGGAGUGGAAAGACUGUCUCAUCACAUGUGACGUAUCAUUUACCGAUGUCACCAGAGUCUUGUCUGCUGUCCUCUUGAUAGGAAACAUCACAUUUCUUUCCACCAAUUCUCAACAAUUGGAUCUCAAAACUCAGAAUGAACUAAAAUCCGUGGCCACAUUGCUGGGAAUCUCAAGUAUGGUCCUUUAUCAAGGGCUCACCACCAAAACUAUCAACACUCCUGAAGGUUUAAACUUAACUCCUAUAUUGACUACAAUAAAAAUCCAUGAAAACAGAGAUGCCCUUGCUCAGGCUCUGUACGUUCGGACUGUACACAUGAUUGUGAGGAAAGCAAACAGUUUGCUGAGGACACACGGUGCAAAGAAAGGACGAAAUCCAUCAAAUGCAAGUGGAAGCUGUAAAUCUGAUGACCGACUGAGUGCCCAGAAGUCAUUUCACAGUACCACUUCAGAUAAAUCGGUCCCUACAGAAACUGACCGACAAAUACCUCCUCUACUAAAUAUCAUUGAUAUGUUUGGAUUUGAAAACCUCACAGAUAAUAAAUUAGAGCAGCUGGCCAUCAACUUUUGCUCUGAGUUACUGGAAAGUUAUCACAAUUCCCAUGCUUUCAACACAUCCAGGAGUAGCAGCAAAGAUGAAACCAGGAGUAAGUACCCUGAGUUGAUCAAAGACAGAUGUUCAGACAAUCAGUUAGUUGUGGAUCUCAUUUCACACCCGGUUAAUGGUAUAUUUAAACUCCUAAAUGAAUCUGUUAGAGAGAGUAGAAGUCACAUUGGUGUCAUCAUCAACAGAAUUGAAGCUACUCACAGCAGAAACUCCUGCCUCAGUAUAAACAGCUUAUCGUCUGCUACUCAGUUUACUAUCCACCACUAUGCCGGCAGAGUUACGUAUGAUGCUUCAACAUUUAUUGCCAGAAACAAGAACACCAUUUCAGAUGACGUGGUCUGGAUAUUCUCCCAGGAAAACUGCGCAUUUGGUUUUGGAACGCAUUUGUUCUACCAGGAAAUUGGAGAUGCAUCGGUUCCUGGACCCCAGGGGAAAUUGUACAAAAUCCUACCUCGUGCUGGUAUUGGAAGGUUGUCCAAGCACACAAACACGUUAGCAGAAGAUUUUUGUUUAAAACUCAAUGAAAUCAUCAAGAAAAUCUCUAUCACCAAACCCCAUUUUAUUUAUUGCCUAAAGAGCAAUGACAGUUCAUCCUACCUGACAUUUGAAACUGAGGUGAUACGAAGACAACUCCAGAGUUUACAGAUUGUAACAACAGCAAACAUCAUCAAAACAACACCAAUACAUCGAAUCAAAUACAGUUUAUUCAACAAUCUCUACAAGCUUCUACUUCCUAAAAUAUCGACAGCUGCGGAUCAAAGCCAGGAAGAACUCUGCAAGAAUAUUCUUGAACAUCUUAAAGAAAUCAGUCGCAACUUCAAUUUGGAAACCCAAGCGUUCGACUGGAUGUUUCGACAACAUCACUUACUUUUCAGUGAACAAGUACGACAAGAACUGGAAGCAUACAAGCUGCAUAUUCUGUACCAGUCAGCAGUGAUUAUUCAAACGCAAUGGCGAGGAUACCAGUGCCGUAAACGCUGGCCAUUCUUAUUUCAACACUUGCAAGCACUCCAACUUCGGCGCCUUAACUCACUGCCAAAUGAAUACAACCCUGUAUUUGUGACAUCAAGUGUUCCUAAGUUGGACUGGAACACAGUGAAGCAGAUCUGUGCCACAUAUGGCAUCAACCCAAGUGUAACACCACCAGUCCCUCCUGCAAGACAUUACAGUGUAGCUGGCAAUAUGAAGGUGAACUUCCCACAGACACGCAUAGCCACAGAAGUUUUCAAAAUUGGCAAACAUGUUUGGCUUCAAGAAGGCGAUGAUGUAAAGGUCUUGAUGCCUUCCUCAACCAAAGAUGGACAUUUGACGGUACAGUUUCAAGGUGUUACUCAGGACGUCCCACAUCACAUUGUACAACUCCGGACUAUGGGUACAUUAUUAUAAAUCAACUACUUAUACAAGUGGGAGACGUAUGAACCAACAACAGAUAUUGUAUGAGAUUGCUCAAUUCACUAGACACAACAUUCUACUGCCUCAAAUAAAGAUAUGCAAAAUAACAAGGUUGUUGCUGGUAUACUUUCAAUCAAAGUUCUCUACUCAAUAAAAAAGGACCAGGAAUUGAACAACUUCAGAAAGUAACAGAACACAGUAAAGAAAAUGGUAUUUUUUCUUUUAAGUAUAUUUUAAAGUUUUAAUUCAUUCAAUACAAAAUUACACAAGAAAGUUGGUCAGACGUCUUAGAUUUCACUUUUAAUUUUUUAAAAUCUAUUUUGUGCCAAAUAAUGUGGCAUUCAAAGAGUUUUUGGGUGUUGUUAGUAAGACUAGAAACAUUUUUGAAAGACAGAAAAUAGGUUUAAUACAAGUUGUGAAACAUAAGUGAUGAAAACUGCAAUGAGUAACUUUGUGCUGAGUCAGGGUCCCUCUGCAUUGGUUGAAGACAAAAUGAAAUGAUACGAACAAUUAACUAAAUAUACUCUAUUUUG